UGUCAAUUUCUUAGUUCAACAUAACCUCACUAAUAAAAAAACAAUAAUAAAAGUGAAGCGGGGUAGCUUUAGCUUGUAAAAAAAUAUUGAUCUAAGCUCAAUCAUGUCCUCUCCGGUAAUGUCCCCCACGCCCCCACAGAAAAAACACAAAAAACAUAAGAGUGAGAAAAGAGAAAAAGAAGACAAACCGGGUCUCAAAUUGAUACUUAAAGUUGGUUCACAAACGACUCCUGAACAUAACCCAGAAUUUGGGACUGGUUUACCGUUAGUUGGAGAGGGAUUAGAAGAACAAAUGCAGAUUGAUCCUAAUGAUCCAUAUUUUGGUUUGGCGAGAGCUCAUCAUAAAAAAUCAAAGAAAAAGAAAAAGAAGAAAGAUAAGAACAAGGAUAGGGAAAAGAGGCAUAAACAUCACCACAAGGAUAAGAAGAGAAAAAGGGAAGAAAACGAAGAAAAUGAGGAUAUUACUAUUUAUCCACAAAUUGGAAGUCCAGGCCGUGAACUAAGGACUUGUGUCAUCAAAAAACUUCAGGAGAGAACACCACUUUCAAAAGGUUUGGAUCAUUUAUUAAGUCAGUUGGAGAAGAAGGAUCCUCAGAACUUCUUUGCCUGGCCAGUUACUGAUAACAUUGCACCAGGUUAUUCGACAAUAAUAAGUAAUCCUAUGGAUUUUAGUACUAUGAGACAGAAAAUUGAAGAAAAUCAGUAUGCACAUUUAGAUCAAUUUAUUGAGGACUUCAAGCUGAUGUGUACCAAUGCAAUGAAAUACAACCAUGUAGACACAGUCUACUACAAAGCUAGCAAAAAACUACUCCAAGCUGGUUUGAAGAUCAUGGUUCCCGAGAAACUAGGAUGGAUGUUAAACUUGGUGCCUGAAAUAACUAGUGAAGAUGUAGGAUUUGAAAUAACAGCAGAACUAAGAGCUGUUAAGCAUCAAGACGAUUAUGAUGACAGUGAUCAUGCACAUGAAGUUAAGAGAAAGAUGCCAGUGUCUAAAUUUGAGCCCAUAACUGAUGAGUUGACACCUGAAGAGAUUUUGUCAAAAGCACAGAUUGCAGCAAGAACUGCUAAGGCAAAACUAUUGAUGAAAAGAGGUAAUCCAACUAUGGGCUUCUUGAAACAAAAGAAAGACGGAACCACCCACUUAAAUAUAUUAGUAGGAGGCGACGGUGUGAUACCUGGCACAAAGAAAAGACCAAUUCUUCUAGGACAGUUGUGUGGGAAGCUCUCUGAGGGAACGAGCCAGUUACAAGGAUUCAGAGAAGAUCGUAGGAAUGUUGCCAAGCCAAUUAAGCCUCUGUAUUAUGGAGCAUUUGGUUCGUAUGCUCCUAGUUAUGAUUCUGCAUUUUCAAAUCUCAGCAAAGAAGAAAGUGAUCUGGUAUAUCAAACAUACGGUUCUGAUACGUCCGUUCAGUAUGCAGAAAGCGUCCAGGACUUUGUGAAAGACUCUGACUAUGCUACUCAUUUGGUCGACUCUCUAUUGGAUUUGCUCACAGGCGGUGACCAUUCCAGGACCAAAAAGACAAUUGAAGAAAACAAAAACCUGCGGGAAGAAGAGCAAGCUGUUAAGACUAUGUUGGAAGUAAAGCCUGUCGAUUCUGUAAAAGUUAGCGUUGAUGAAUUAAAGAGUUUGAAUGAUCUUGGUAUAGAUGUCGGAUUCUUGGAUAACAUGGACGAUGAAAUCAGAGUAGCUGAGGACCGCUACGAGAUGCAACGGCGCCUUGAUGGCAUGUGUCAGCUAUUGGAGAAGCUGCAGAACACUCAAUAUCAACGUCUGUCAGCUCCUCCCCCAUCCAAUCUGAACAACUGUCUACCUCCAAACGAGGAAGAAGUAAAUGUGGCAGAAUCAAUCACUGAUAACUUGGCAGAAAUGGCGAAAAGAGUUCAUCCUGGAGAUAUUGCACAAGUUGCGGGAGUAAGGAAAGCUUUGGGUGUACCCCUUCCUGAAGUUACCAAUCCCCCAGCGCCGGAAGUGGCUAAUAUCGACCUGGAGUCGGAACUGAGACAGUUUCUAGAGAGCGAUCCCAGUUUGGCACCGAGCCCAUUGAGGGACGACAAGACCAUUGAAGAAAUAUUAAUGGAAUAGUAUGACUAUGAAUAAUUAACAGAUGAUUUUACUUGCUUUUAUAUUUAUUUUAGUUUGAUUUUUAGACAUAUUAAGUAAUAAAAAUGUAUUCAAGAAAAUUUUA